CUGCCAAAACACCCAAACUUUACAAGAUAAAAAUUUUCUUUUACACAAUCAACCCUCCAAUAAAAAAGCAAAACGGCAGUCCCUACAAUCCCGACGGUCCAAAACGACGUCGUUUAUCCAGCAGCCAACCAAAACAAAAUAACAACCCAGACGGAAUCAAAGUGAAAAAAGUUCAGUUUCCGAGUCAACUUUCUCUCCUUCUUCUUCUUCUUCUUCUUCUUCCAUAUUUCACAUACUGAAAACACACACAAGCUGAAAUCUCAACAACUAUACAAAAGUAUCUUCAAAACGACGUCGGAUCGAUGAGCACAAAGUGUAAUUAUUCACAUCUCUAGGGUUUCGAAACUGUAAAAAGGAUCAAAACGACGAAGUUUUAGUAACAACCUAGGGUUUCGAGAGUGUAAAACUUUAAACUGUAAAUAUAAAUAAUGGUACCAAGAGGAGGAUUAUUCGGCUGGUCGCCGCCGCGGCAACAGCCGUUAACGCCGGUAUCGGAAGUAUCGGAGCCGCCGGAAUCGCCGUCGCCGUAUAUGGAUGCAAGUACGGAUGCGGUGGCGCCGGAAGUUGAUGACGUGGAUGAGGAAAUGGAAGAGAUCGAGCCGCCGCCGGAAGCUGUGCCGUUUUCGAGAUUGUUUGCUUGUGCUGAUAAGCUUGAUUGGGUGCUUAUGUUUGUUGGAUCGGUUGCAGCUGCGGCGCACGGGACCGCGCUUGUCGUUUACUUGCAUUAUUUUGCGAAAAUUAUUCAUUUGCUUAGUCAUGAUGAUGAUAGUCCGGAUUUGCUGUUUCAUCGCUUCAAAGAGCUUGCUCUGACCCUUGUCUAUAUUGCUGGCGGGGUUUUUGCUGCUGGUUGGAUAGAGGUUUCAUGUUGGAUUCUUACCGGAGAAAGACAGACUGCUGUAAUUAGAUCUAGAUAUGUCCAAGUGCUUCUAAAUCAAGAUAUGAGUUUCUUUGACACCUAUGGGAAUAAUGGCGAUAUUGUUAGUCAAGUGUUGAGUGACGUAUUGCUCAUUCAAUCUGCUCUUAGUGAGAAAGUUGGUAAUUAUAUUCAUAAUAUGGCUACAUUCUUUAGUGGUCUUGCUAUUGGAUUUAUCAACUGCUGGCAGAUUGCCCUCAUAACUCUAGCCACCGGUCCGUUUAUCGUUGCUGCUGGAGGAAUCUCAAAUAUAUUUCUUCAUCGACUUGCUGAGAAUAUUCAAGAUGCUUAUGCUGAAGCGGCUAGUGUUGCUGAACAGGCAAUUUCAUACAUUAGGACUUUAUAUGCGUUUACAAAUGAAACCUUAGCAAAGUAUUCUUAUGCGGCCUCACUACAAGCUACAUUGAGAUAUGGGAUACUGAUCAGUCUUGUGCAAGGACUUGGGCUUGGGUUCACAUACGGGCUUGCAAUUUGUUCUUGUGCUCUGCAACUGUAUGUUGGAAGAUUUCUAGUUACACAUGGAAAAGCUCAUGGUGGUGAGAUCGUGACAGCUUUGUUUGCUGUAAUUCUAAGUGGCCUCGGGUUGAAUCAAGCAGCUACAAACUUUUAUUCAUUUGAGCAAGGGAGAAUUGCUGCAUAUAGACUUUUCGAGAUGAUUAGCCGUUCAUCCUCCACAGUUGAUCAUAAUGGAAACAUGCUUGAUUCUGUACAAGGGAACAUUGAAUUCCGAAACGUAUAUUUCAGUUAUUUGUCUCGUCCUGAAAUCCCUAUUUUAAGUGGCUUUUACCUCACUGUCCCUGCCAAGAAGACCGUGGCACUUGUUGGAAGAAAUGGCUCUGGUAAAAGUAGUAUCAUUCCACUCAUGGAACGGUUUUAUGAUCCUACAUUAGGGGAAGUUCUUUUGGAUGGCGAGAACAUCAAGAACCUGAAGUUAGAGUGGCUAAGGAAUCAAAUUGGUUUAGUCACUCAAGAGCCGGCCUUGCUAAGCUUGAGUAUUAGGGAUAAUAUUGCCUAUGGCAGAGAUGCUUCUCAACUGCAAAUCGAAGAUGCAGCCAAAAUUGCUCAUGCACAUACGUUCAUAAGCUCCCUUGAAAAAGGAUAUGAUACACAGGUAGGUAGGGCUGGUUUAUCAUUGUCAGAGGAACAGAAGAUAAGACUUUCUGUUGCCAGGGCAGUUCUAUCCAACCCAUCUAUUCUUCUUCUUGAUGAGGUCACUGGUGGACUGGAUUUUGAAGCUGAAAAGUCAGUACAGGAGGCUUUAGAUCUCUUGAUGUUAGGUCGUUCAACCAUCAUAAUUGCUCGUCGGCUUUCUUUAAUUAGAAAUGCUGAUUUUAUUGCUGUGAUGGAGGAAGGUCAACUUAUGGAGAUCGGGACCCAUGAUGAACUGAUAGCAUCAGAUGGGCUAUAUGCAGAACUCCUAAGAUGUGAAGAAGCAGCUAAACUCCCAAGAAGGAUGCCUGUGAGAACCUAUGAGACGGCGACUUUUCAAAUUGAAAAGGAUUCAUCUGCAAGCCACAGCUAUCAAGAACCAUCAUCUCCCAAAUUUGCUAAAUCACCAUCACUUCAAAGAGCAUCCAACCUACAUGCAUCAGCGAGGUCUCCUGAUUCUGCUUAUAAUUCGCAUGAAUCUCCCAGAAACCUGAGCCCUGGUGAAAAAACAGUUGAAAACGGUUCAUACAUGGACGACAAACAACCUUCAAUUAAGAGGCAAGAUAGCUUCGAGAUGAGACUUCCCGAGUUACCAAAGAUUGAUGUCCAUUCUAUUCAGAGACAAGCAUCUCACGGGUCAGAUCCUGAAUCACCCGUCUCGCCACUUUUAACAUCUGAUCCUAAUAAUGAGCGCUCUCAUUCGCAAACUUUUAGUCGACCUAAUUCUCAGUUCGGUGAUGAUCCUGUCAAAGUCAAAGCAGUCAAGGAGAAGCAAAAACGAAAAGAGCCACCUAUGUGGAGGCUUAUUGAGCUGAGUUUUGCUGAAUGGCUUUAUGCUGUUCUUGGAAGCACUGGUGCUGCAAUCUUUGGUUCUUUUAACCCGCUUCUUGCCUAUGUGAUUGCAUUAAUUGUGACAGAAUACUACAGAAAUGAGAGUAGGGGACACAUGCGGCGUGAAGUGGAUAAAUGGUGUUUAAUCAUUGCCUGCAUGGGUUUUGUUACUGUAAUAGCAAACUUUUUGCAGCAUUUUUACUUCGGUAUCAUGGGGGAGAAGAUGACAGAGCGAGUUAGGAGAAUGAUGUUUUCUGCAAUGCUCCGAAACGAAGUUGGAUGGUUUGAUGAAGAAGAAAACAGUGCUGAUACAUUAUCCAUGCGAUUGGCAAAUGAUGCUACAUUUGUGAGAGCGGCUUUCAGCAACCGGCUUUCUAUAUUCAUACAAGAUUGUACAGCCGUUCUUGUCGCAAUUCUUAUAGGGAUGCUUCUGCAGUGGCGGUUGGCACUAGUGGCUUUAGCCACACUUCCGGUUCUUACUCUUUCAGCCAUAGCUCAGAAACUAUGGCUCGCGGGAUUUUCAAAGGGAAUACAAGAGAUGCACAGGAAAGCAUCAUUGGUCCUUGAAGAUGCAGUUAGAAAUAUUUAUACAGUUGUGUCGUUCUGUGCUGGUAACAAAGUAAUGGAGCUUUACAGAUUGCAGUUACGGAAAAUAUUCACAAAAAGCUUUUUGCAUGGUAUGGCUAUUGGUUUUGGUUUUGGGUUAUCACAGUUUCUUCUCUUCGCCUGCAAUGCGCUUCUUCUUUGGUACACUGCACUUUCUAUAAAAAAUGGACAUGUGGAUCUCCCAACUGCCAUUAAAGCGUACAUGGUUUUCUCUUUUGCCACAUUUGCCCUUGUGGAGCCAUUCGGUUUGGCUCCAUAUAUUUUAAAAAGAAGAAAGUCUCUCAUUUCGGUCUUCGAAAUAAUAGACCGAGUCCCUAAAAUUGAGCCCGAUGACGUCACUGCUUUGAAGCCUCCAAAUGUUUAUGGAAGUAUCGAGUUGAGAAAUGUUGACUUUUCUUAUCCUACACGUCCCGAGAUUCUUGUGCUUAGCAAUUUCAGUCUUAAAGUCAACGGUGGGCAAACUGUUGCGGUUGUGGGUGUUUCGGGAUCAGGAAAAAGCACGAUCAUUUCUUUGAUAGAGAGAUUUUAUGAUCCGGUUGCUGGUCAGGUGAUCUUAGAUGGUAGGGAUCUAAAGCAGUUUAAUCUAAGAUGGUUGAGGAAUCACCUUGGUGUUGUUCAACAAGAACCGAUUAUCUUUUCGACUACCAUACGGGAAAAUAUAAUUUAUGCAAGACAUAAUGCAAGUGAGGCUGAAGUUAAAGAGGCAGCAAGAAUAGCAAAUGCUCACCAUUUUAUAAGUAAUUUGCCUCAUGGUUAUGACACCCAUGUUGGUAUGAGGGGCGUAGACUUAACCCCAGGUCAGAAACAGCGCAUUGCAAUUGCACGUGUUGUGCUUAAAAAUGCUCCAAUCUUGUUAUUGGACGAAGCAAGCUCAUCUAUUGAGUCAGAAUCGAGUCGCGUGGUUCAAGAAGCUCUCGACACACUGAUAAUGGGGAAUAAAACAACUAUUCUUAUAGCCCAUAGAGCUGCUAUGAUGAGGCAUGUCGACAACAUUGUUGUGCUUAAUGGAGGGCGGAUAGUCGAGGAAGGCGCACAUGAUUCUUUAAUGUCUAAAAAUGGUUUGUAUGUUCGGUUAAUGCAACCACAUUUUGGAAAGGGUAUCCGUCAACACAGGCUUAUUUAGUUUUUUGGGGGUAUAUGAUCCGUUUUACAGAGUCGAGGCGGCCGAGGUUGUGGUGGAUGUAGCGACUGCCUGGCAGGGGUUAUGAGGCGAAAUAGGUUUGUAGAUUGCAAAUUCUUUUGGAGGCCAAGGAUUGAAUCUUAGCCUUCAUGAUAUAUUGUUUUGUUAAUUGUAGAAUUGGUAGUUGGUAUUGUGCCUUUUUACUUUUUUUCCUUUGUUUCUGUUUUGUUUUUCUUAGCAUGUUUGACCAUUUUGUAGAUUUUGUAUAUGCUUUUUACUUCUGUGGCAGUUCAUAUGAGGCUCAAAAGGAGAAAGUUAAGGUAUUUAUUGUAAUCUUCAUUGUAUAUAAAGAGACUUAGAAUUCAUUCAAGUUCUCUAUUUAA